AUGCCGGGGCUGACCCAGCUCAUGACCGCAUCGUACAGCCCGCAGACUCCAUCUCCGAAACAUGGUCAAGCCGCACGCACAGAUGAGGACUUUGUCGAACUUAGAGGGCCCGCCCCAUCGAAUUCUCCCUUCAGAAGAGCAUCACCCGCACCCGCUUUCUCACGGGCGCAUCAAGAACUAAAUGAACUCGACACAAAGCUCGGCGCCGUUCCCUCAUCCUCCACCGGGAUGUGUGCUGCGACCUCUAGCGAACCUGUGAUGUCGUCGCCACCUAGCCCAAGCGAUACAGCUCCAAGGGAAUCGCGCCCAAGUGACUGGAUUGGCGACGUGCUGAUCCCCGCCCGCAGCCGCGUUCGUAGUGGCACUUCGCCCAUCUGCUCCGAGCCAUCACGGCAAUGCACCAUGGAACCGGAAACAGAGUCGGCCCCACUACGCCGAAGUUCUGGACCUACUGUAGACGACGUAUCGAAUUAUUUCGAGAUCCGGAACGCCUAUCGGCCCCCGGAGGACGAAGUCGGUCCAGCAAGUCAUCCGGUCCAGGACACCCAGUCAGCCGAACAGGCAGAACAGCCUGUCGGCGAGAUACCACCGUCUGCAGGCCAGUCGCACGGUCUUCGCCAAGAGACCGGUUCUGGAGUAGGAGUCCCAGACGUCCUGAACGAGGGAGAAACUGACUCCGUUCUUCCUUUGGCUCCGAGUGACGAUACUGCUAUUGAUGCGGGAGCGACCUCGGGGCGAACGCUCGGGCCGGAUUCAUCCCACCGGAUGUCUUUUGGGCCACAUGCCAGGAUACCUGAGCCACAAGAAACGCAGGGAGUAGGCCGCACCGAGAGUCCCGACAGCCCCGUUCAAGAAGAUCCGGCGGAACCGAGCCUGGUCAAAAGCCCGCACUUGUUGCCGUCAAAAAAUGCUGCUGGCAGCGACACUUGUUCGGAAGAACCGACGGAUGUCACUCAUCCUGCUGGAACAGACUUAAGCCCGGCGACAACCCCUGCAGGCAACCAGACGCCUCGCCAUACAGACGAAGAUUCGGCUCCCGCCUUUACCAACCCGUGGAUUCACUCAACCCCCAAGGAAGCCGUUCCCCAAGCCCAGGAUACCGUAAAGAAGUUCAGCACCGGUAUUGAUUGGGCUGCCGAGUCAGAUGACGAUGACCCCGGCAUCGGCUUUCAAGAAUGGAGGGAGAAGAACCUGGCGCCUUCCCAGAUCGAAUCAACAGAGGUAGCGGCCCAUUCCGAAGACAAGCUCUCAUCCGAAACGAAACCUUCACCAGGAACUGCAGCAACGCCAGAGAUGGCGGAUCCCAACCGGUCGACGAAACCAGGGACGAAAUACACUCCUGUGGCACGCUCUGCUCCGUCCCGUGCGACGCCAAAACCGAGGACAAAGGAUGCCCCUCGAACGACUUUGGGCGGUAAGCAGAUGAGUUGGAGGAAGUCCUCGCCACAAACACCGGCCGCAAAAGAGGCUCCUUGGAGGCCUGCCACCAAACAUGUACCUCCAAACAAAAUGACGUGGAGCGAGAUUGCCCAAAAGAAAGCAGACAAGCCGACAACGGCAGGUCAAGAGAUUGAUUCGAGAACACCUCUACAAAACACCAAGGCUCCAACGCAAAACUAUAACAUUACGACCGAGUCAUCGACGUCUCAAGAAAAGGGAGUAUCACAAGCAACUCAGCCGACGAAUGAAAAGUGGAAACAAGGGGGCUAUUCUAAUACAAAGGCGGCCGGGUCUUUGGCACGGAGCAACAAGCAGCCACCAGCCAAGCCUAAGAUCAAGCAGCCGGCAAACAAGAAUCUUUUUAAUGCGCUGGGACAGCUAAUGGAUGACACCGCGGGAUCUGACGCCGAGGAACCUGAUCCUCUCGAAGGGUCCGAAAUGGAAGGCGGGCCGGAGUCUGGCGAAGUGCAGAAGGCUGUGGGGAAGGAUGUAACUCCGGACACGGUUAAUGUUCAAGCCAGUGAGGCGGAUAAGGGGAAAGUAGGGAAUGGGGCGAGAAAUGAGUCGGAUGAGCUCGCAACCCUAAAAUCCAAGCUGGGGACCGCACCUAGCUCCCCUGAAACUCCAUCAAAUCCAGCGACUGCUCGUGAGCAUGAACUCAAAGAUGAUGAAGCUAAAGAAAGCCGUCACCUGAUUCCGGCCAACCCACCCGACGAGACAUUGGGAUUGGAGACAGACAAGAGCAACAGCCUCAAAAGUGCUCCUACUCAGGAGUCCCAACCAGCACCCAAGAUGUUAGACAAGGACGAUGUUCCGAAGAAGCAAGGAACCCCCUUACCACAGCACCAAAGCAAAAAGACCAAACGCAAAAAGAAGAAUAAGAAGAAAUCCAAGUCCAAAAAGAAGGCCGCUCAACCAGAGGCCCCUGACUCGCAAUUGACAACCCUCUCUCGACGCUCGUCCACCUCUACACUCGAUGGCGAGGCCGCACCAAUGGAUACGCCCCCCUCCUCCCCCGACUCGCCCAAGCUCGAUUCCUCACCCCCAUCCGUCCCCACGGUCGCGCCACUUUCACCUGCAGCGACCCCAGCGGGCAAAACGCGCCUCUCGGCCCUCACUUUGGAUUACAUGGCGCACCACCCACUAGAGGUGGAAGAUUUAAUCCGCGUGGGGCCGAUGAGGUCCUUGCCGUGGCCUGGACAAGAGGCGGGUGAAAACGACGAUGAUCAAGACGGCGCCAAUGGUGGUGCUGCUCAUCCUAGUGUUGGAAGCAAACAGGCACACAUCGCUGCGAAGCGCAAGGCUCUCAAGCUUCGCAAGAAGGCUACCAAACGGGGAGAAGUCGAGAUGGUGUGCCGAUGGACUGCGCCGCGGCAUGCGCGGUGGGAACUGUUGGAGAGGCGGUUUACCGGAGAUGGGGCAGCGAGGGACUUGGGGAUGACGUUCGACGAGUUGGCAGCGGCAGCAUUUGAUUCGGAGGAUUCGGAUACCGAAAGCGAGGAAGAAGUUGGGGAUAAAGGUGGUAGCGGGGUGGGUCCGAAUCAGGAAGAGGGUGAUGGGUCGAAGUUCGAUGGCGAAGAUGGCCGGGGCAAGAUUGAUGGAGGGCAAGCCGCCGGCUCAAGGGGAGUCGGGAACAAUAUCAACUAG